UUUUGACGUAAUUGUUUGUCAUGAAUCAGUUACAUGUAGCGGCGUUAAACGUGAAAGCUGGAACUGUAUUUUUAAAGACAUUAUAGUCGAUACAUGCAGAAGUGCCUUCAUUCCAGAGGAGGAAAACAACGUGCAACUGUUUCAGGUUUGGAGACGGACGGAGACGAUGAGCACACGUUGGCACAUAGGGCGGCUGCAAGCGGCGAUACACAGUCAGUAAUACGUGCAAUAAAACAGGAUCCUGGUGUGAUCCAGCAGAAAGAUAGAGAUGGUUAUACGCCGUUAGCUCACGCCGUCCUAGGCAAACAUGUGCAAACGUUAAAGCGUCUCGUUAAAAUGGGAGCAGACGUUAAUGUACAGGACGCCCAAGGACGCACGUGCCUCGCAAUAGCUGCGUAUCAGGGCUGGAGCGAUGGAGUAGUGUAUCUUCUUAGGAAAGGUGCGAGGCAAGAUAUUGUGGACAAGUCAGGUCGAACACCACUACAUGCGGCUACCUAUGACACAGAUAACAGAUCAUUACUGGCGUUGAUGAAAAGACUGUCUGAGGCAGAAAUAAACAUCGGGGAUAAUGAGCGAAUGACGGCGUUGCAUUGGGCAGCUUUUCAUAAUCGACCGGAGCACGUGAAACAACUGUUACAACGAGGUGGCCUUCCAACACAGGUAGACAUUGACGGAAAGACACCGUUACACUGGGCAGCACAGAACGGAAGUGCGUCAUGCUGUCCGAUAUUAACCGACCACAACAUAGAUCUUGCGAAUACGAUAGAUAACUGCGGGAAAACAGCGCUCCACCUAGCGGCGGCUGCCGGAUAUACGGCGAUUCUACAAGACCUUGCACGGAUAUCACCGUCGACUUGUGAAGCUUGGGACAAAGACGACAGAACUCCAUUACACUGGGCGGCUGCCACUGGUCACACCAGCUGUGUCCGAGCACUGUUGAACAUGGGUGUUACCCCUAACCCAGUCGACGUGGACGGUGUGACACCAUUAGAGUAUGCGACUAAUGCCGGCCAUAGAGAGUGUAUUGUUUUGCUACGAGACAGACUUGGCAUCAAACCAAGCGGAAACAAACGAAAACAAAACGAUCAGAAACAAAGUGCAGGCGGAUUCUUUAAAGGACUGUUUUCAAGAAAGAAAGACGCAGACAACAGAAAAGAGACGGUAUCCAAGGAUACCAAGCUUCCACAAGUGUUUGGUGUUAAGAAUGAAUCUAUGAUAAAUAAGAACAAUGACACGAAAGGCGGUCUUUCUGCGAGUACUAGUCCGAGGGGCGUGACCACACCAAGAGAGGGCGGUGCUAAGAGAUUGAAUAACGCUAAAAGAGACGCUGGCGCCUCUACACCUGCGACAAUCAAAACUUUAUCUACUUGGACCGACAACUCUAGCUACCUUUCAGGUAAUACUGAUGCUCGGGCAACACAUUUGUCUCCCUUAGGUGGUCUUCGUCCUCCUUCAAUUUCGCCUCGAAUAGCAAAUUCACCAGGAGUAAUGGAAUCUCCACGAAUACGGAAACAAAGAGAACUCAGUCCAUUACGUCUUGAUAGAAUGGUGAAAGAAAGGUUCGAACUUCCAGUGCCAGAACCAGUAUCGACGUUACAGAUGGAUCAGGACAGAGUCCCUACAUCAACCCCAACAACACAAAUAAAAUUCAAUAUAAACGGCAAGACAGUCUUACCAAAUAUUCACGCCGAAUCGGCAGAAUUAGACAUGGACAGCAAACAUGGCGGACUCAUAGAUUCGGACCCAGGCCCUUCCGUGAAGAAAAAGAAACAUAAGAAAAAUCGGAAAGAGAGGGGGCAGCGUGAACCGGAAGUAAUUACAGCAACGCCGCUUGAACACGAAACUAACAUUUAUAGACCGCAGGAUAGAGGCAAGGAGAAAAACGCGCCAAACUUGACAGCAGACGACACUAGGGACAAUGGAACGCUGGUAGAUAAUACAUGUAAUAGUGCCAACAAAGACAGGCAAACAGAACAAGAAGUUAUAAAAGCAUUAGCAGGUCUAGAAAUGAAUGAACUAAGUUAUUUAUCAAGAUGUUGAUUGACAAAUCAUCACAAAAUGUGCUUUAAUUCAGAAUUUUUCCAUGAAUUUUGACAAAGUUUAUCGUUAUUUUAUCGUAUUAGUGCCUUUUAAUAAAUUACUAUUUUCUA